UCCAGUGAGCCAACAGGCCCGUCAGCCAAGCUAACAGGCUAAGCAGUGUUUCUCUAGUCUCUCACAUCUUUCUCUGUUGCCCCAGGCUCUAGCAUCUCACCACGACACAGAAUGACGGAGCAUGAGGACUUCGCAAGCUUGGCUGGAUACUGGAACUCCUCUGACAGUUACCAAUUCAGCCCUGCCAGUGUCAUUGUCCCUGUGGUCUUCUCCCUCAUCUUCCUCCUGGGCACAGUGGGCAAUAGCCUGGUGCUGGCAGUGCUGCUGCGCAACGGGCAGAUGGGCCACACCACUACCAACCUCUUCAUCCUCAACCUCAGCCUGGCUGACUUCUUCUUCAUUGUUUUCUGCGUGCCUUUCCAGGCCACCAUCUACUCCCUUGAGGGCUGGGUCUUCGGCUCCUUCAUCUGCAAGGCUGUCCACUUCUUCAUCUACCUCACCAUGUAUGCCAGCAGUUUUACUCUGGCUGCCGUCUCUGUGGACAGGUACCUGGCCAUACGCUAUCCACUGCGCUCCCGGGAGCUGCGGACCCCCUACAACGCAGUGGCUGCCUUGGCUGUGAUCUGGGGCCUCUCCGUGGUCUUUGCUGGGCCCUACCUAAGCUACUAUGACCUGAUUGAGUGGGAGUCCAGCUACAUCUGCAUGCCUGGCUGGGAGGAGUGGAGACGCAAGGUCAUGGACACCAGCACAUUUGCCUUUGGCUAUGUCAUCCCAGUGCUGGUCAUCAGCCUCUCCUAUACCAGGACCAUCAAGUACCUGUGGACAGCAGUGGACCCCUUGGAGGACAUAUCAGAGUCCAAGAAGGCCAAGCGGAAGGUAACCAAGAUGAUCAUCAUUGUAACUAUCCUUUUCUGCCUCUGCUGGCUGCCCUACCAUGUAGUCAUCCUCCGAUACCUCUAUGGAGACUUUCCCUUCAACCAGGCCACCUAUGCCUUCCGCCUGCUUUCCCACUGCAUGGCCUAUGCCAACUCCUGCCUCAACCCCAUUGUCUAUGCCCUGGUCUCCAAACACUUCCGAAAGGGUUUCAAAAAGGUUUUCAGCUGUCUCUUGAGGAAAAAGCACCGCAACAAGGUGCAUGUGGUGCACACUGCCCACAUUGUGCCUGGAUUUGAGGCAGGCUCCACUGAAGUGUCCCAGAUGCACGAGGAGAAUAACAGGUGUGAGAUGAACCCAGUCUCCAUGGCAGUUCCUUCCAGUUCCUCCAAGCCCCUUCAUAUUUCUUAGUGGCCAAGCUCCACACCAUCUGCCAGCUCAGCUGUGUCACCAGCUUCAGGCCACUCUUUGCCACUGAGUGAGAGAGGAUGCUGGAAAAGCAAGCCAGAAACUGCUAUACACUGCUUCUGGCCUUGUCAUUCCUUCCCAUUCCCUGUGCCAACUGAGCCAUCUUCCCACAACAUGCUGCAUGCAAGGGAAGGAACAGACCCAGACUUGCCCCUCAUCCUCAAACCACCUGGACUCCAAGGACUAAAGCUCCAGCUUUUCUGUUGGCUACCAUCCCUCAAACUCCUCUGCUCUGUGGCCCCACUGCUCUGGACACACUGGUUAGUUGUCAGAGUCCCUUCUGCCUCCCAGUGCCCCAUCUCGCCAGACUGGCUCCCACAGCAGGAGUGGCAAGGGAGAUGAGCAGUUCAGGCAGGGCCAGGCAAUCAGAGAUGGUGUGGAAAGAGCAUGGCACCACCCGUGGAUGGUUGCAGUGAUGCAUUUUGUGCCAGCUGUGCUGUUCUCCCAGUGACUGGGUCCUCUCCUGGACUGUGGGGUGGCUGUGGGCUCUCUGCAUGUGUGGGGUGUUGCUGCUGUACAUACUAGAAAAAUGUCUUUCUAACCCAGAGCAAAUAAAUGCAUUUCCCUCAUACAAGCAAUAGUGGGGCCUGCAGUGGUUAUCUGGAGUGGGGAUGGGCUACCCCAUACCUGAACGGGGCCUUUUUUCUAACUGGUGUAAAUCACAUGCAUGUAAAACAAUGCACCAUGAAAACCAGCACUGAGCAGAGUCUGCAGAGCCAAAUCCUG